CCCGCCGCCGCCGCCAUGCGGGCCGAGCCGCCCGCCUGGGCCCCGGGGCCGGCGCAGGCGGCCGCGCUGCUGGAGGAGGCGGCGGACCUGCUGGUGCUGCACCGGGACUUCGCCGCCGCCGUGGAGCGCUGUGAGGCGGGCUGCUACAGCUUGGGACCCGGCCCCGGCCCCGGCCACGAGAGUUUUGCAGAAGUGAAAUGCUCCCUUUGUGUUGUGGGGAUUCAGGCGCUGGCCGAGAUGAACCGGUGGAGAGAAGUUCUGUCUUGGGUCCUACAGUAUUACCAUGUCCCUGAACAUCUGCCUCCAAAAGUUCUGGAGCUGUGUAUCCUGUUGUACAGCAAAGUGAGAGAGCCGCAGGUGAUGCUGGAAGUGGGCAGCAGCUGGCUGAGAGACCACGCCAACCAGAGCCUCCCCGAGUUCGGGUCCGUGCUGGAGCUCUACCUGGUGCACGUGCUGCUGCCGCUGGGCCGCUUCGAGGGCGCGGAGGAGCUGGUGCGAGGCUGUGACGUGUUUGACAGCGAGCAGCAGCUGGCCUUCCUCGGCACCAUUUGCGACAGCCGCUGCCAGUGGACUCGGCAGGAGGAGACACGCUCGGCUGCUGAGGAGCAGCAGGACCCAGUGACAGAAACUGUUCUGGGAGCGCUGUCCCAAAAGCUCCUGACCAUGUUGACGUUGCUACGUAGAGCCCUGAGGUCCAUGUCAAACCACUUCUAUUUACUUCCUUACAAGAAGAUGCUCUUGGCCACUUUUUUGCUGUACCUGGUGGUGGUGAGAUUAGACCCAGCUUCUCCCACAUCACUGCCAUUCAUUUACAAACUGGUCCAGCUCUUCCGCCAGGCUUGGGCAGCUGUGCUUUCUCCAAUCCAUAGGCCUCCAAUUCGAGACUAAAUGUCUUCCAUCACUCAAAGUGUCACCUUGUCUUCAGGAUGUUACCAGGCUCUUCAGGGACUGUUGAAAUCUGAGAUGACCACCUAUGGACUCUUGGAAUUUCUUCAGAUAGGGAAUGGUGGUGUACGAAUUUUGAAACCACAGCGAGUAUUCCUGACAUUUUGCUUGGUCCUGUCCAACAUUAGGGUAAAGCCACUCCUUCCAUAUCUACAAGUGAAUGAGAAUCCUCCUUUUCAAGCACUUUUGCUUUGGAUGUGUCUCUUGAGUGGGGAUUGUGUAGCCAGUUAUGAACUAUGGAAGAAGUUCUCGUCCUUGCAAAUGCUGGGCAGUUCUCUGAACAAGUGCAGCAGUGUUCCUGGAGGCAUGACUGUAGCAGGCAAUAGAGUACCAGUGUUUAGGGGAAUAUUCUGUUUUGCCUGAAGACAUCUGAAAAGCUCAGCUCUUGCAGCAUGGGAUUUAGGACAAGCACAUGGAAGAAAAACACUGGAGAAAGUAAAGCCUAUUGCAUUUUGAAAGCCAUAGUUUCUCUUGUGACUGAUGCCUCUUUGUACAGGCACACUGGAUUUUAGUCAUAUUUAAGCUGAAAAGAUGAGGUGGGUGGGCCACAGAGAUUGUUGUGCUGUAUCCACUCUUCUUAAAUGCAAAUUACAGCACUUUGUGCUUGCCUGAUGCACAGUCAUUCUUAGCAGCAUGUGGUGGUGGUGGUCAGGAAAUAGAUUUAUUUUUUAAAAUUAUAUUCUAUGUUAUGGUCUAGUUGAACAACUGAAGUUGUUGCUUUUACUUUCCCUACCUCUUGCUUUGUUUAUGUAGAUGUCAAAAAGUCUCUCUGUAUAUCCAGAAUUGCUCCUCAAGUCCCCAGUAUCCAAAGUCUUGGGUUGGAUGGAGUCAUUUAGCAAUGCUCUGUCAUUCAGAACAAAAGUUUAUUUUUAUAGAAAAGAAGGUCACAAGACCUUCCCCAGAUCAGUGGCAAGAAAAUUGUACAUCUGCAGGUCUGUCACCAGACCAACUCCAUUUCUGACCACUUGGGGCAGAAAUUGGAUGUUUGGGGUAGAACAUGAAUUUCUUCUCCAUCCAUUCACCCGUCUAUCAUCACUUGACAAAAGGUACAUUCCAAGGAGGGAGCACUGACCUAACAAAACACUGCUUUCAAACUGUUGUGUGCUGGAGGGGAUAGGUUAGAGAGGCUGGGGACAAGUAGCCCGUCAUCCCAGCACCGGUGCCAAAAGGGUGUAGGCUCACUGAUGUCAGCCCAAACUACAAAAUGUUAUCAGAGCAGCCUUUUUGGUGGGACCACACCAAACCCAUGAAAAGUAACCAGUGUAGACCUCAGUGUGGUGUCUUACAACAGUGGUGCCCUUUGUCUCUAGCAAUAACCAUACUCCAAGGUAGUGGCUGUUCCUGUUUUCUUCACAUAGAUGGCCUGUUGGUACCCUCAGACUGUGUGUGAUCUGUUGCUUUGCUGCCUACAGAGACACUUUGAAAACAGUCUCACCUUCACUGCUAAAAAUAGUUUCAUCUUAAAUUAUCCCAAAAAGAGAAACACUCCAGCAUUACUGUCAGACAAACUUGGGCAGGUUAUUCAUGAGUGCAGUAAUGACCUUGCCUAGUUGUCUCAAGAAUAAAACCCAAACCAAUCCCAUAUCCCUCCCCAAAGUUUUUGUCUCUGCCAGGACUGUAUACCAGGUUAAGUAGCACAUAGUGCUUCACCAUAUAAAAAAGUAAUUUCUUACAUACUCUGCACACACAGGGAAGAGCAGCCUUUGAUAUUGCUGAAUGGUUCCUGUCAUCCAGCUGUAAGUGUAGUUACAACUCUGCAAACAACACUUGAUGUGAAAUCAGGUAGAAUGAAGCACAGGCUCUGUGUGGAGUUGAGCUCCUCCAAGAAAUGACCAGGAUGAGUCUUCUGCCCCCCUGCUUUGGAAGGCCUCAGGUUAACUCCUUUGUAAGCCAGUUAAUAAAAUGGGAAACUUCACUCUGAAGUCAGGCCAAAUUCUUAUCAAAGUGACUGUUAGUAAUGAACACUUUUUGCUGUAGUCUUCUGGCAUCACUUUUAGUUAGAUGGCAGAGAUGCUGUUGUGGAGGUUGGUUUGGACCAGUGGCUUCAGCAGGCCACACAUAGCUUUUAAAAUACGGUUAAAUGUUGUUUUAACUUUUAACAUUCAACUUAAUUUAAGUGUAGGUUGGUAACCUUGACUUUAUUGGAGUACUACUGAUUUAGAAUUUAUAUUGGUUUUAAUUCAUCAUGAGAGAACAAGAAGGCAGAAAUAAGCUAUCAAGGUUUUUUGCAAUUAAUACUAAAACUGCAGUAUCUAACUUUUAUAAUAAAGUGACUACUGAUUUA